AUGUCCGUCUGCUCCAGCAACCUCAGCUAUGGCAGCAACAUCUGCAUGCCCGGCUCCUGUGACCCCUGCCCCGACUCCUGGCAGGUGGAUGACUGCCCAGAGAGCUGCUGCGAGCCCCCCUGCUGCGCCCCUAGCUGCUGCGCCCCAGCCCCCUCCGUGACCCUCGUCUGCACCCCAGGGAGCUGCCAGUCAGUGUGCACCAGCUCCUGCACGCCCCUGUGCUGCCAGCAGUCUAGCUGCCAGCCAUCCUGCUGCUCCUCCAACCCCUGCCAGCAGCCCAGCCGUGUGACCCUCUGCUGCGAGCCCGUGAGCUGUGUGCCCGUCUGCUGUGUGCCCGUCUGCUCUGGGACCUCCUCCCCCUGCUGCCAGCCCUCCUGCCCCUCCCCCUGCCAGCAGCCUAGCUAUGUGACCCUCUGCUGCAGGCCCGUGAGCUGUGUGCCCGUCUGCUCUGGGACCUCCUCCCCCUGCUGCCAGCCCUCCUGCAGCCCCUCCCCCUGCCAGCAGCCCAGCCAUGUGACCCUCUGCUGCGAGCCCGUGAGCUAUGUGCCUGUCUCCUGUGUGACCGUCUGCUCUCGAACCCCCUCCCCCUGCUGCCAGCAGUCUAGCUGCCAGCCCUCCUGCAGCCCCUCCCCCUGCCAGCAGCCCAGCCGUGUGACCCUCUGCUGCAGGCCCGUGAGCUGUGUGCCCGUCUGCCCACGCCCCUCGUGCUGCCAGCCCAGCCCCUGCCCCUCGUCCUGCUGCAGACCCUCCUCCUGCGUGUCCCUGCUCUGCCGCCCUGUGCGUAGGCCCACCUGCUGUGUGCCCGCCCCCUCCUGCCAGCCCAGCUGCUGCCGCCCGGCCUCCUGCGUGUCCCUGCUCUGCUGCCCCGCCUGCUCCCGCCCCGCCUGCUGCGCUCGUUCGCUCAUGGCCGCGCCUGUGGCCAUUCCUGACCGAGAGCCGCCUUGGAACCGAGGACCGGGAGGAGGCGGCCUGUCCCCGCCCAGGCACUCGGCCUGCGGAGAGCGGGGCCGCAGCCCGCGAAGCGCGGAGUCGCACCUACCCUCAGAGAGCUUCAACAUGAGCACGAAGCCUCAGAGCCACCGGCAGGUACAGAGAGUGGCCUCCGAGGCCCAGCACUCUCUAGGGAAGAAGGACAACGUUCAGCCACAAUCAGACGACCAGACUGGGGAUGAAUGGGAGGUGCAGGGUAAUGCGGAGGGCCCAGAGGAGCAUGCCGGUCAGCAGCAGGACUGUCCCGAGGAGAGGCCGCAGCAGGCGGGGCGGGAGCAGGCCGGGCGGCAGAGCAGGGACACGCAGGAGGCCGGGCGGCAGCAGCUGGGCUGGCAGGAGGGGGCGGGCACACAGCAGGCGGGGCGGGAGCAGGCGGGACGGCAGAGCAGGGACACACAGGAGGAGGGUCUGCCGCAGGACGAGGGGCAGGGGCUGGACUGGCAGCACGAGGGGCGUGGGCAGACGGGCACACAGCUCACGGGCCUGCAGCAGAGGGUCACACGGCUGGGCUGCUGGCAGGGGGAGGGGCUGCAGGAGGGCUGGCAGCAGGGGGAGGAGGUCCCAGAGCAGACGGGCACACAGCUCACGGGCUCGCAGCAGAGGGUCACACGGCUGGGCUGCUGGCAGGGGUUGGAGGAGCAGCAUGAGGGCUGGCAGCUAGACUGCUGGCAGCAGGGGGAGGAGUCCCCAGAGCAGAUGGACACACAGCUCACGGGCUUGCAGCAGAGGGUCACACGGCUGGGCUGCUGGCAGGGGGAGGGGCUGCAGGACGGCUGGCAGCUAGACUGCUGGCAGCACAGGGGCGUGCAGGAGCUGGUGCACACUGACUGGCAGCUCCCUGGGGUGCAGACGAGGGUCACGGAGGGGGCUGGAGCGCAGCAGCUGGGGGCGCAGCAGGGGGGCUCGCAGCAGCUCUCUGGGCAGUCGUCCACCUGCCAGGACUCACCGCCCACCACGGCCGCCUCCACCAUGUCCGUCUGCUCCAGCAACAUGAGCUAUGGCAGCAACGUCUGCAUGCCCGGCUCCUGUGACCCCUGCCCCGACUCCUGGCAGGUGGAUGACUGCCCAGAGAGCUGCUGCGAGCCCCCCUGCUGCGCCCCCAGCUGCUGCGCCCCAGCCCCCUCCGUGACCCUCGUCUGCACCCCAGGGAGCUGCCAGUCAGUGUGCACCAGCUCCUGCACACCCCUGUGCUGCCAGCAGUCUAGCUGCCAGCCGUCGUGCUGCUCCUCCAACCCCUGCCAGCAGCCCAGCCGUGUGACCCUCUGCUGCGAGCCCGUGAGCUAUGUGCCUGUCUCCUGUGUGCCCGUUUGCUCUGGGACCCCCUCCUCCUGCUGCCAGCAGUCUAGCUGCCAGCCAUCCUGCUGCUCCUCCAACCCCUGCCAGCAGCCUAGCUAUGUGACCCUCUGCUGCAAGCCUGUGAGCUGUGUGCCCGUCUCCUGUGUGUCCAUCUGCUCUGGGGGCUCCUCCCCCUGCUGCCAGCAGUCCAACUGCCAGCAGCCCAGCCGUGUGACCCUCUGCUGCAGGCCCGUGAGCUGUGUGCCCGUCUGCCCACGCCCCUCGUCCUGCUGCAGACCCUCCUCCUGCGUGUCCCUGCUCUGCCGCCCCGUGUGCAGGCCCACCUGCUGCGUGCCUGCCCCCUCCUGCCAGCCCAGCUGCUGCCGCCCAGCCUCCUGCGUGUCCCUGCUCUGCCGCCCCUCCUGCUCCCGCCCCGCCUGCUGUGGCCUCUCCUUGGGACAGAAGUCCUGCUGCUGA